UGAAAUAAGAUGCUGGGAGAGCGGCGCUGGGAGCGGCUGGUCUGCAGCCAAUGGUGAGCGCUGUGUAGGACGGCAUUGUGAAGAGCCAGGGAUUUUAGCGGGCACCAGUCGGCGUUUAACUUCAUCUUUAUGCUCCUCUCAUAGCGUCAAAGGGACAUCUGGACCGACGACAGCUCGUACGAAUUGCACAUUUUUGUUUCUCGAUAUAGUUGAGAGGCACCAUGACUGACAGGAAGGCUGUGAUCAAGAACGCUGACAUGUCUGAAGACAUGCAGCAAGAUGCAGUCGAUUGUGCCACGCAGGCCAUGGAGAAAUACAACAUCGAGAAGGACAUUGCCGCAUAUAUCAAAAAGGAGUUCGAUAAGAAAUACAAUCCUACGUGGCAUUGCAUUGUGGGGAGGAACUUCGGCAGCUAUGUGACCCACGAGACGAAACACUUCAUCUACUUCUACUUGGGCCAGGUGGCCAUUCUCCUGUUCAAGUCUGGCUGAAUGGAGACCAAGCCGUAGAAUGUAUUUCUUUCUGAAGACUGUGAUGCACUGGUGGCUGAUGUUGUAUCUACCAACACACUACGAAUAUUUAAUGAGACCAUACCAUGACUAUGCUGGUGUGUGCACAACUGCAUGGAUCAUACCCCAUACUACUUGUGUACAUAUUGCAGUUAAAUUGCUUUUUCAUUAGAAGUCCCUUUGUUAAUUGGCAAAGUUUUUGUUAAUGGGCCUUGCAGGUAUUUCCUAGCACAUAUGUUGGUGAAUUUAAAAUAAAGAAAAAGGUAUAAUAAAAGUUAGAAAAUGUCUAUUGAUCAGCACAUAUGUCUGCUUUGAAUUGAUCUAUAUAUAUUUUUAGUAACUUAGUGCUGUUUUACAUAAAUCCUACGCACUGCAAAGAGCAGAAGCACACACACGGCUGUAUGGUGGCUAGUCUUGUAUAGUUUGAUCUCUGUUAAUAUAAAAAUAUUCUGAUUACCUCGGAUUAUUUUUUUGUUUGUUGAUUUUUGAUACAGGAGAGUUAUUGCAUUUCAGAGACCCCAUAUAAAUAUUGAUAUUCUUAGUUUUAGACAACGUCUACCUAAAUAUUCAAUGGAAUCGAUAUAUGUAUGUACUAGAGAUAGACAGUUGUAAAGUUGUAAAGAGAAGACUCUUGUGACUAACUCAUUAACUCGACCAAAUUGUAACAGAUAUGCUGUCUUCAUGUAAAUGUCUGCAGAGCAGUUUUCUGAAUGUAAUAGUCUGAACGCACAACACAUGUGCUAGUCUGGCAUCUUUGUCUUCAAUCUGUUCUGCUAUUUAACUUUGGACGAGUAAUUUAGUUGCAUGUCUUAUUUUCGUUCUGGUCAGUGGAUGUCCGCACAAACAUAUAACUAUAGUUUGCACAUUUGACGCUUUCUUUGUUCGUAGGACUGUGACUACAUUUGCACACCAUGGAGCGUCACGUGGCGCUUUCAUGUUAAUAAAACGUGUCAUCAAAA